AUGAAGAAUUCAGAACGCUUUGAAAAUUACAUGACUGCUAUGGCUAAUAAAUUGAAUUCAGGAGAAUCGUUUAAAUCCUCUUCUAAGUUUACCGCCGACCUUACCUUUAUUCGAAUGCCUAAAGGUGGUAAAAGUGGUAGACAAAAAGCUCUAUUGGGAAAGCGAUCCAUGACAGAAGUUUUGAAAAAGAAACAUUCCGUGAUUCAAAUUACAAAUUCAGACGAAUUGUGUUGUGCAAGAGCCAUUUGUGUCGCAAAAGCAUGGAUCCAUAAAGAUGAGGGGAAUCGACAGAAAAUCGUUUACGAAAAUGCAAAAAAAUGUGACACUGUUCGAUCACGAAUGGCCCAUCAACUCCAUGAAGAUGCGGGCGUACCUUUGGGGGCAUGCGGGCACCAAGAAUUGAAAAAAUUUCAAGACUUCCUAGCACCAGACUAUCAAUUAAAAGUGAUGGCAACUUCCUACCCCUACAUGAUGGUAUUUGUAGGCCCAGAAGCACCGCAUAUUAUCCGCCUCUUGCUCCAGAAACACGAUGACUCUGAGACUGGUCACUAUGACACUUGCACAUCUUACGCUGGUUUUCUAGAACGAUCCUAUUUUUGCGAUCAGUGCAACAAGGGAUUUGAUCAUAAUGACUUCAGACAUCAUCCAUGUGAGGGUCGAAGAUGUCAUGCAUGCAAACAAGUAGAAUGUGGCGCAAAACCUGAUUAUGCCUUGCGUGAAGUACCCUGUUCUUCUUGUUGCCGAAAGUUUUACAGUCAGACGUGUUAUGACAUGCAUAAAGAGAAAAAGAUCUGCGACAGCCUUGUUCAAUGCCCUAUGUGUCGUAAGGAGUUUCAAACCUCAGCGUCAAAAGAACCUCACCAAUGCUACUUUGACAAAUGCUCCGUAUGCCAUGAAUAUGUAAAACUUACAGAACACAAAUGCUUUAUUCAACCUGUGGCAACCAAAGAAGAUCAAAGAAAGAAAAAAACCAAAGCAACCCUGAAACGCCAUAGAAAAAAAAAUCCCUUGGCUUCGGUGUAUGAAGAACCUCCCAUCUUCGUCUAUGCUGAUUUUGAAUCUAUGAUAGCGGAAGAUAACACACACAUCCCCGUAUUGGUCUGCGCCCUCACCUCUGAAGAUGAUACCUUCGAAACCUACUACGGGGAGAAUUGCACGGCCGACUUUCUGAACUUUCUCACCCAGCUCACAGAGGACGAAUAUGGCGACCCACGCGAGGUGAUAUGCAUUUUCCAUAAUUUAAAGGGGUACGAUUCUAUGUUUCUACAGCAUCAGUUGGUAAAGGAAGAAAGAAAGAUCGAGGACAUCAUCGCCAUAGGCACUAAAUGGUUAUCCUUCAAAGUGGGUCAAAUCACAUUCAAAGAUUCGUUCAGCUUCCUCCCGAUGUCACUCUCAGCCUUUACCAGUACCUUUGGUCUCACGGAACUCAAGAAAGGUUUCUUUCCUCACCUGUUCCACACACCUGACCAUCAAGAUUAUGUGGGAGCCCUGCCAGCAGCCUCCUGUUACGACCCAGAAAGUAUGUCCAAUUCUAAAAAAAAAGAAUUUCAAGUCUGGUACGAAGAACAAGUGAAAAAGCAAGACCCAUUUGAUCUCAAGCAAGAACUCAUAGCCUACUGCCAAUCAGAUGUCGCCCUUCUUAAAGCCGGCUGUCUUAAAUUUGUGAAUGAAUUCCAGUCCACGUCUGGGUUUGAUCCGAUGGAAAAAUGUGCCACGAUUGCGUCAGCAUGCAACAGAUAUUGGCGUAAAAAACAUCUUUCCAAGGACACUGUGGCCGUUGAACCUGUAAGAGGAUGGCGUGGGGCACAAGUCAAUCAAUCAGAAGUUGCAUUAGAAUGGUUGAUGUGGCAGGAACAUCAGCUUGAAUCAGACAGCCCACGUAUCCAACAUGUUCGUAAUGGUGGGGAGAAGUUGAUACCCGCAGGGCCCGAGGCAUACCAUGUCGAUGGUUUUGAUAGCCACACAAACACUGUGUAUGAAUUUCAUGGCUGUUUGUUUCACGGGUGCAGACGUUGUCAUAAAGACCGCAAGAAAAUGGCGUUUUCAUCAGGCAGCUACACGAUGGAAGCCUUGUGUCAGCAGACGGAAGGCAAAUGUCAGACACUCCGACAGAUGGGGUAUAAAGUGGUUCAAAUCUGGGAAUGUCAAUGGAAGGAGCAGAAAAAAAAGCCUCAAAGGAAAUUCAAGAUUUUCUCAAGGAAAUCAAUCUUGUACCACAGCUUAAUCCGAGAGAUGCGUUCUUUGGAGGUCGAACUGGGGCGGCGUCGCUUUAUUACAAGGCCAACACAGAUGAAGGCGAGCAAAUCAGAUACGUCGACGUCACCUCAGAAUAUCCCUAUGUAA